AGAGAUGAAGAUCAGAGCUGGGUCUGAACCAUGCCAACCGGCCUCCUCCUCCCCCUGGCAGCCCUGAGCCUGCUCCUACAACUCCUACAGCUCCCACAGCCCGGGGACUGCUACUUCGGUCUGACCAGCAAGGAGUCUCUCUCUCAUUUUACAUCACUGUCACCUGCACCUGGCUCUGCCCACAGCAGACCCCAUCUCAAACAGUGUGAGCUUCUACCACUCACACGGCGCCAACGGAGGCUGUGCCGGAAGGAGCCAGGACUAGCAGAAUCUCUGAAGGACGCUGUUCGUUUGGGUAUCGUGGAGUGCCAAUUUCAGCUGCGAACUGAAAGGUGGAACUGCAGCCUACAAGGACGAGGGAGCCUCCUAAAACGAGGAUUCAAAGAAACAGCUUUUCUAUAUGCAGUGUCAUCCGCUGCCCUGACGCACUCUCUGGCCAAAGCGUGCAGUGCUGGUCGCAUGGAGCGUUGCACUUGUGAUGACUCUCCUGGGCUGGAAAGCCAGCGAGCCUGGCAGUGGGGUGUCUGUGGGGACAACCUUCGGCACAGCACCCGAUUCUUGCAGAAUUUCCUGGGUCAGAGAAGAGGUGGCAGAGAUACGAGGGCCAAGAUCGACCAGCAUAACACCAGUGCAGGCAUAAAGGCAGUGAAGAGCGGGCUAAAGACCACUUGUAAGUGUCAUGGAGUGUCUGGCUCCUGCGCAGUUCGCACUUGUUGGAAACAGCUAUCCCCCUUCCACGAGACAGGAGCAUUGCUCAAGGCCAAGUAUGAAAAUGCGGUCCGAGUCCUAGGAGCCAGUAACGAGGCGGUGGGGGGUCACGAGUCCUUGGGACACGCAUUUGCUGGCCGCUCACCUCGCUCCGGUGAUCUUGUUUAUUUGGAGGAGUCUCCCAGUUUCUGCCGGCCAAGCCGUUUUUCUCCAGGCACAGCAGGGAGAGUGUGUUCCCGGGAAACCACCUGUGACAGUAUGUGCUGUGGCAGAGGGUACAAUACGCAAACUCGGAUGGUUACCUUUUCUUGCCACUGCCAAGUGCAUUGGUGUUGCCAUGUGGAGUGCCAAAAAUGUGUACAGCAACAAGACACAUACACCUGCAAACCAUGACAGUAACACUGUCUGACUGAAGGACAUGGUGGCUUAACAUCUACUAGCCAUAAUGGGUGGUUGAUGGACUCUGCAUGGGACAACCACACUUCCAGUGUCUGGGGCCAACUUACAUCAAGUUCCUGGUAUAAAAGAAACCUGGAAUGUGCCAAAGGAGUAACAUACUUUGCCCACCUGAGCUUUGCCUGUCUAUCUGCUGUAAAGCCACAA